AAAACUUUCUCAACUCAUCGAGUGCAAGUGUAUUCAGAACUAUUCUCAAGCCCUGUGUCAAAGUUUUUUUUUAAAGAAAAAAACUGAUAUUUUUGAAUUUGAACUGUAAUAAUUUUAACAAAAUCAUACACAAGAUGUCGUCUCACAUUAUCACAACACUCAUCAUCUCCUCCGUACUUUUGGCCAUUUUUGGAAUGGGACAGACUUCAACCGUUUCAAUGGCUCCACUCUGUGAACCUGGUAUAAUUGACGAAAUGCCUCAACACAUCAAGAAAGUUUGUCUUGCUUUGGAAAAUUCUGAUCAAUUGUCAAGUGCGUUGAGGGCAUACAUUAAGAACGAAGCUGCUGCUCUUAUGUCGAAAACUGAUGAACUUGUCCCAUUAAACUAUGGCAAGCGAACUGAUGUGGAUCAUGUAUUUUUGAGAUUCGGCAAAAGGCGUUAAGCUCAAAACAAAAUUAAAAUGACUGUUUCAAAGACUUUCGCAAAAAUGUAUUUCCUCUAGGCCAUCUACAUUCUACAUACAUACAAAAUAAUGAAAAACUCAAAGACAAAAAUAAAAUAAAAAAAAUGUUUUCUUCAAAAGAUUUAUUUUUUGAAAAUGCAGCACACACAAAAAUAACGAAAAUUGAUCUCUUUUUUUUUGUAUUUUUAGCUUUAUAUACGUUUUGGUUUCCUUGGACUUAAAAAUUAAAUUAUUUUUUAAUAACUUAAAUUUUGUAAAAUAUUAAAUGAUUAAUAAAAUUAUAAAAAUCCUCUAAGUUGGUUGCAGU